CUCAAAAUCAAUCCCGCCGUACAUGAAGGCAUUGUCUGGAUCCCUAGGUGGCAUAGUCGAAGCCUCAUGCUUACAACCCAUUGACGUCAUCAAGACCCGGCUCCAGCUCGACCGCUCCGGUACCUACAAGGGGAUAAUUCACUGCGGCACCACCAUCACCAAGACCGAAGGCGUCCGCGCUUUGUGGAAGGGGUUGACUCCUUUCGCCACGCAUUUGACUCUCAAGUAUGCGCUCAGGAUGGGGUCCAAUGCGGUCCUACAGUCCGCCUUCAAGGACUCGCAGACGGGGAAUCUCAGCCACCAGGGUAGGUUGUUAUCUGGGUUUGGUGCUGGUGUGCUCGAAGCUCUUGUUAUCGUCACUCCAUUUGAGGUGGUCAAGAUCAGACUGCAGCAGCAGAGAGGGCUGAGUCCUGAGCUCCUAAAAUACAAGGGACCCAUACAUUGUGCUCGCAUGAUCAUCCAGGAAGAAGGCGUGUUUGGUCUGUGGGCAGGAGCCGCCCCAACUGUGAUGCGCAAUGGAACAAAUCAAGCUGCCAUGUUUACAGCCAAAAAUGCAUUUGACGGAAUUCUAUGGAAUAAGCAUGAAGGCGAUGGGAAAGUGCUCCAGCCGUGGCAAUCUAUGAUAUCAGGUUUCCUUGCGGGAACCGCUGGUCCAGUAUGUACCGGGCCCUUUGAUGUUGUAAAAACAAGGCUUAUGGCACAGAGCCGAUCUGGUGGUGAGUUGAAAUACAAAGGUAUGUUUCACGCUAUCCAAACAAUAUAUGCAGAAGAAGGACUACGAGCACUGUGGAAAGGACUAUUACCCCGGCUAAUGAGGAUCCCACCUGGCCAGGCCAUUAUGUGGGCUGUAGCUGAUCAAGUAACUGGUUUUUAUGAGAGGAGAUACUUGUAUAAUGCACCCCUAUAGCUUCCCUCCAUUAUUGUCUUUUGUCGUUUUUUUGGUAAGGUGCUCACAUUCAUUUGAGGAACUGAAAUUGUUAGAGCCGUCAGCCAUUCACCUUAACUCAUAUGCAAUAUAGGACUGAGUUAGCUGGCUAAUCCAUCGGAUAUCUUGAGCUUGGACUUUAUUUUAGGUUAGUAUUUCAUGUGAUAACUUGCAAACGGAUUGAUUGCAAGGAUAAAAAAAACUAUUUGUGGCGCAUGCCUUUGUUCUCGUGUUGUCCAUUCAUGAUUCGAGCACAAUUGCUAUUCUUGUUGUGUACUGAGAGGCUUUUGUUAUUCUGAUAAGGUGGUCGGCCCCUUGGAAGUUAGAACGGGAAAUAUUUAUGAAAAGAUGCACCACUCCAGUUCUUUUUUGAUCAUUACAGUUGCUAUCUUGGAACUUGUUUAAGAAAUAGGGCUGUUUGCUUUCAUU